AUGCUUGGGAAAGUUGUGUUCGUGUUGUUCUUGAUCAUUACCUCAACAGCUGCCAUAGGUGGAGGUGGAGGACGUGGCGGAGGGGGAGGCGGUGGAGGGGGUGCAAGUGGAGGAAGUGGCGGAGGUGGAGGAAGUGGAGGCGGUGGAGGGGGUGCAAGUGGAGGACGUGGCGUAGGUGGAAGAAGUGGAGGCGGUCGAGGGGGUACAAGUGGAUAUGUAGGAGGUGGAGGGCAUGUAAGUGGCGAUGUAGGAGGUGGACGUGGAGGCACUCUUGGUUCAGCAGCAGCUGUGCUUUGUUACAUGACCUUGCAAUACUUGCUGUGA